AUGGCCGGUGGAUACGUCCCCCCGCACGCGCGACGCGGGAAGAAUGCGUCGAGUAGCGCGUCGACGACGAUCGCCUCGCCGACGCUCGAUGCUUUCGAGCGCGAGCUGCGCGCGGCGUCUAAACGCAUUUCACGGGCCGAAACCGCUGAAGAAGGAUUGGCGCUGUACGCGCGCACGCUGGAGAAUUUACGCGCGUUCGUGGCGAGUUCGAGUCAGGACGAACGUGGUGACGAAGCGCGCGUGAGCCUAGCGAACGCCGCGCUCGAGUACGCGGGCGAAAUCAUGCGAGUCGAACGUCGAAAAGCGUUGAGCACGACGACGCGCGCUGACGAGGCUCGCACAAAAGAGCGGGCGAUUUCAUGCGCGCAAGAUGCCCUACGAGCGUUCGAAGGUUUAAGUGGUUCGCCAUUAGAGAAGGCGAACGGUGUCGCCACCGCGCUUUCACGAAUCGUCGAGCUUGGGGGCGGCGGUGACAACGCCGCAGAGGUUUCGGCGACGCUGGCUCGAGCCGUGGAAAUGUACGAUUACUGCGCGACAUCAAUAGAGAAUAGUCAAGCGCACGAAGACGUCAUGCCAGCGCUUUGGAAUUGCGCGGACGCACGACUCAAAGUCGCCGAACAUCGAGCGGAGACGGGAGACGUAGAUGGUGCUUCGACGUCUUACAGAGAAUCAUUCUCCUUAUACGAGCGCGCAUGCGGGUUUUGCGACGCAAAUCGGGGCGACGACUUGAGCGGACUACUGUACGAUUGGGGUUGCAGCUUGACGAGCUACGCGCUGUUCUUGGCACAAAGUUUAGAUGCGUCGGAAGACGCAGUCAGAAUCGCUGACGCUGCGGUUGAAAAAUUGCGCGCUGCGGGGCAAUUUGCAAUCGGCGACGUCGGCGCACUAAACGCGCUCGGCGACGCAUACCAAACGAAGGCAGAAAUUUUGUCCCGGUUUGAUGAUGCAGCGCCCGCCGUCGACAGUUUACGUCUUGCGAUUUGCGAAGCGUACGACGUCGCGCUGAAAUUGAACAGCACUGAGUUGAACAGCACCAUCGGCCGCGGAGAAGCACACAUGGCGCUCGCGGCUUUGUUUCGUCGAAGCGGCGAUCACGCCAGAGCUGAUGAAGCCUCUGACACGGCUUGGAAAGCUUACGACAAGGCGCUCAAGCUCGGUGAUAAGAAUGAUCCAGGAACGUGCGAAGAACGAUUCGAAGUUGUCUAUAACGCGGCGUGCGCGGCGAAUCGAGCGGGUCAGCGCGACGCGGCGCGACAUCUUCUCUCGCAACUCCUGCUUUGCGACGGAACGACGCAAGAAGCCAUAGAUAACGACCCAGAUUUGAAGUAG